AUGGGUUCAGGAUCAGGGUCUGGUUCAGCAUCUGGUUUAGGGUCUGGGUUUGGAUCGGGGGUUGAGUCUGGUGUAGGUUCAGGGACCGGCUCGGGUUCGGGGUCAGGGCUUGGAGAAAGGGAAAGCUUGGUUCUCCCCACUAACCUAACAGGGGUGGUGGAGGAUGACCUCACAGGGUUUGAGGGGGUGAAACAGGGCGAACCAAAGACCAACCUCUCUGACAUCUCUUCUCAUGACCACAAUGGAACCUGCCACCUUGUGCCCUCUGAUUGGCCAAUCUGCAUAUCAAGGGGGUCAAAGCAUUUCUCGCUGCCCAACUUCCUGAACCACACCUCUGUGGAGGAGGUUGGUGUGGCCCUGAGAGAGUGGGCGUGGCUGGCCAAGGCGGGGUGCCACCAUGGAGCCGAAUGGUUCCUCUGCCUCCUCCUCGUGCCCAGGUGCCCGCUGCCUGGCCAGGUGCUCAACAAGGUUCCCCUGCUGCCCUGCUGCAGCUUCUGCCAAGUCCUGCAAGACAGCUGCUGGCCAGCCCUGGAUGACGGGCGACUUCCUGUAGAGUGUAAUUUGCUGCCCGACAGGGAUCAGGAGGCGGGGUUGCGGUGUCCGCCAUGCGUGUCACCAGGCCGGUCCGGGGGGAAACCCGCCUACUACUUCGGAGGGCUGGACGGGCUGACUGCUGCAGGACAGCCGGCCCUGGCCCACCUCCCCAACCCCUUCUACAGAGACUUCUCCCUGGUCUUCCAAAUCCUCCCCUCCAGCCCCGGGGUCCUCUUCUCCAUCACAGACGCCUCCCAGAAGUUCAUGUACGUGGGGGUGAAGCUGAGCGCCCCGGACGCUGACGGCAGGAAUCAGAAGAUUCUGUUCUACUACACAGAGCCCGACUCUGAGGCCUCGUACCUGGCCGCUAGUUUCACCGUGCCCUCCCUGGACCUAGUCUCCUGGACCAAGUUCUCUCUGUCCGUGUUCAACGACCAGGUGACCUUCUUCAUGGGGUGCGACGCCUCUGGGAAGACGGUGAAGUUGGAGCGCUCGCCAGAUGACAUGGAGCUGGAGGGGGCGGGCAUCUUCGUGGGUCAGGCGGGAGGCGCGGACCCUGACAGGUUCGAGGGCGCGAUCGCUGAGCUGAACGUGGUGGGUAACCCUCAAGCAGCUGAGUUACUCUGUGAAGACGAUGAUGACUCAGACGCUGCCUCAGGUGACUUUGGCAGUGGGGAUGGGGACAGAAGAGAGACCAGCAAAACUACCACACCUCCAUCUCUCCGACCAGUGCCAGAGCCCCCUCUGACAUCAUCAGUGAGCGACAGGCUCUCAGAGACAGGUGACAGGAAUCAUCAGACCUCAGUAGAGUCCAGACCAGGAUCAGGAGGUCAACCAGGCCCUAGUGGUUCUAACGGAGUGAAGGGGGAGAGGGGAGAAGGGCAGUCCUGGGGACAGAGGUCCCGCCGGGCCAAAGGGGGAAUCGGGGUCUUUCUCCAGCUCUGCUUCUUCCUCUGGCGGAGGAGAACGUGGAGAAAAGGGAGACAAAGGCUUGAAGGUGGCAGUUCUGGGUUUGGUUACCCAGGCUCCAAGGGGGACCGUGGCGUACCUGGUCCCCCUGGCCCUCCUGGCCCUGGGGGGCCAGCUGCCCAGGUUGUGAGGCUAGGGGACGGCUCUGUGGUGCAGCCAGUGGCUGGGCCAAUGGGACCGAUGGGGCCCCCAGGGGCCAAAGGACCAGCAGGACCCCAGGGACCAGAGGGGGAGGCGGGGGAUCCAGGAGAGGAUGGCAAAUUAGGACCUGCCGGAGACAGAGGGUUCCCAGGAACACAAGGAGACUCAGGGGUCAAAGGACAAAAGGGGGAUCGUGGUGAUGGUCACCCAGGACCCAGGGGUCCUCCAGGGCCACCUGGACCCCCAGGCCCAGGGAUAGCUGACCGCGCUACAUUUGUGGAUGUGGAAGGCUCCGGAGGAUUCCCAGAUUUGGAGAAAAUACAGACUCUCCGUGGUCUACCAGGCCCCCCGGGCCCUCCAGGUCCCCCUGGCCCCUCAGCCGGUGGUGUCAGCUCCCAUGGGUCAGGCUCUUUCGGGCCCCCUGGACCUCCCGGACAGGACGGGGCACGUGGCCUACCAGGGCCCACUGGUCCACCUGGCAGACCUGGAACCCCAGGAUCCAGUAGCGGAGAGAAGGGAGAAGCUGGUGAUCUAGGUCUUCCAGGGCCCAGUGGAGAGAAGGUGAGCUCUCAAAUACACCCAUACUAUCCCACCUCUAAAUCUAUCGAUAGUCUGAUGUUGGUGGUGGGAAACAUGAUGUUGGUGGUGGGACUUCUCCUAGAGAUCGAUAGUCUAAACAUGAUGUUGGUGGUGGGACUUCUCCUAGAGAUCGAUAGUCUAAACAUGAUGUUGGUGGUGGGACUUCUCCUAGAGAUUGAUAGUCUAAACAUGAUGUUGGUGGUGGGACUUCUCCUAGAGAUCGAUAGUCUAAACAUGAUGUCUGGUGUUGUGGGACUUCUCCUAGAGAUCGAUAGUCUAAACAUGAUGUUGGUGGUGGGACUUCUCCUAGAGAUCGAUAGUCUAAACAUGAUGUUGGUGGUGGGACUUCUCCUAGAGAUCGAUAGUCUAAACAUGAUGUUGGUGGUGGGACUUCUCCUAGAGAUCGAUAGUCUAAACAUGAUGUUGGUGGUGGGACUUCUCCUAGAGAUCGAUAGUCUAAACAUGAUGUUGGUGGUGGGACUUCUCCUAGAGAUCGAUAGUCUUCUCCUAAACAUGAUGUUGGUGGUGGGACUUCUCCUAGAGAUCGAUAGUCUAAACAUGAUGUUGGUGGUGGGACUUCUCCUAGAGAUCGAUAGUCUAAACAUGAUGUUGGUGGUGGGACCUCUAGAGAUCGAUAGUCUAAACAUGAUGUUGGUGGUGGGACUUCUCCUAGAGAUCGAUAGUCUAAACAUGAUGUUGGUGGUGGGACUUCUCCUAGAGAUCGAUAGUCUAAACAUGAUGUUGGUGGGGCACCUUUACAAUCUCUCUCUCUCGUUCUCUCACCUCUUCGCUCCUAACCACCAGGGUUCUCAGGGUGACCCUGGAGUGCCUGGUCAGGCAGGGCAGGGGGGCUUAGCUGGACUUCCUGGGCCCAUGGGACCGAUUGGGCCUCCAGGACCACCCGGACCUUCCUACCCCGUGCGUUAUGGUGACGGGGAGGGUUUCCGGAGUGACGGGGGUCAAUGGUGUUGCUGGAGUGAUAGGGAUUCCAGGACCACAGGUGAUCUAUACAUUGCCAUUGACUCAUCAUUUGGAUUGCCUUUACGAUCACGUCAACUAAUACAUAGUCACAUAUCCAUUGUUUUUCAGGGUCCGCCUGGAAUCGCUGGCCUUCCGGGAAGAUCUGGUUUGCCUGGGCUUUCGGGAGAGAAGGGGAGCGAGGGAGCAAGAGGACGGGAUGGAACACCAGGGAUGGACGGAUUCCCAGGACAAUUGGGAGACAAAGGGGAGAGGGGAGACAGAGGAGAAAGAGGUGAGCCAGGACGUGAAGGGGGGCCCCCUGGACCUCCAGGAGCCCCUGGCCCACCGGGACAGAUCUACCAGACCUCAGGCAGCUUUGAUGGAGUUCUUGGGAAUCAAGGACAGGGAGGACCAGGUCUUCCCGGCCAGGCAGGAUUCCCAGGGCCUAUGGGACCAAAGGGAGAUACAGGAGAGCCUGGACAGACAGGAUACGCAGCUAAGGGGGAGAAAGGAGACCCUGGUAUUAUCAUGGGGCCUGAUGGAAGACCCCUGUACCUGGGAGGGCUGGGGUCUCAACCGGGAGAGAAGGGACACCCGGGACCUGAGGGACCUCCUGGUCCCUAUGGUCCAGCUGGUCUAAAGGGAGAUAUAGGCAUGCCAGGUAGACCGGGCCGUCCUGGGUUGAAUGGUGUCAAAGGAGAGAGGGGGGAUUCAGCGGGAGGGACUGGAGGAUAUGGAGGUCCUCCAGGACCACCUGGCCCACCCGGACCCCCCGGGCCAGCAGUACCUCUGGACAGGUUCAAUAGGGAUGAUGUCUCACGGUUAUAUCCUGACUCCAAAGGAGACAAAGGUGAUCGUGGAGUACCAGGAAUACCCGGGGUACCAGGUCUCACGUCCAACUUUGACAUCUACACCUUCAAGAGGGAGAUGAAGGGAGAGAGAGGAGACUCGGGGAUGAAGGGGGAGAAGGGCGAGCCAGCCGGAGGAUAUUAUGGUGGCGGUUACGGUGGACAGGGUGGUCAACCUGGACCUCCAGGACUUCCAGGGCCAAAGGGAGAGUCCAUCAUCGGUCCUUCAGGGCCCCAGGGCCCUCCAGGUAACCCAGGAAGAGGGUACGAAGGCAGGCAAGGGAACCCAGGCCCACCGGGGCCCCCCGGACCUUCAGGAUCCUCCUCCUCACCUGGAGCCUACAGGCCAACACAGACCAUCAGCAUCCCUGGACCUCCGGGCCCUCCUGGCCCACCUGGAACUGAUGGACACUCCUCUGGGGUGAUGGUGCUGAGGUCAUAUGACACGAUGACAGCCACGGCCAGACGACAGGCAGAGGGGACACUGGUGUAUCUGGUCGACCAAACAGACUUUUACAUCAGAGUACGAGAUGGCUUCCGGCAAAUCCAGCUUGGACCAUACAUAGCUUUACCCCCUGACCAGGGUAAUGAGGUAGCAGCUGUCGACCCUCCUCCAGUGGUCUACUACCAGCCAGACCAUCCCUCUAACACGGCCACAGAGCAACCCCCCAGACAGCUAGACCCCCACCAGCCACAGCCUGAGGGACAACACCCUGUUCACCCCGACCCACGUUACCCGACUAACCCGGAUCCACGCUAUCCAGCCCAGCCAGAUCCACGCUACCCAGCCCAGCCUGAUCCACGCUACCCAGCUCAGCCAGAUCCACGCUACCCAGCCCAGACCAGAUCCACGCUACCCAGCUCAGACCAGAUCCACGCUACCGCCCAGCCUGAUCCACGCUACCCAGCCCAGCCAGAUCCACGCUACCCAGCCCAGCCAGAUCCACGCUACCCAGCCCAGCCAGAUCCACGCUACCCCUCACAUUCAGACCCUAGAUACCCCUCACAUUCAGACCCCAGAUACCCCUCACACACUGAUCCACGGUACCCCAGUUAUACAGACCACCAGCACAACCCUGACCCUGUUCAGCCGGUCCAGCCCCAGCCAGCCCCUGUCCCACAGAACCCGGUUUACUCAGACACCCGCUACCCUGUAACCCCACAACGCAGACCCAGACCUCCUGAGACCCCCAGCCACCAACACACGUCAGGCCCAAGUAUUCACCUGGUCGCCCUGAACGCCCCCCAGGGGGGUAACAUGCGGGGUAUCAGAGGGGCAGACUUCCUGUGUUUCAACCAGGCUCGGGCCAUCGGGCUGAAGGGAACCUUCCGGGCUUUCCUCUCCUCCAAGCUCCAGGACCUUUACAGCAUCGUCCGCAAGUCAGACAGAGACCGCAUGCCCAUCGUCAACCUAAAGGAUGAGGUCCUGUUUGACAGUUGGGAGGCCAUCUUCAGUGACUCAGAGGGCAGAGUGAAGGACAAUGUACCCAUCUACUCCUUCGAUGGCAAAGACAUUUUCACAGACGGGCACAUGGCCAGACAAGAUGAUAUGGCACGGUUCGACCAGCAGGGGGCACGGCCAGGUGGAUAACUACUGUGAGACGUGGCGUAUAGGGGAGCGUGCGCUGACGGGCAUGGCCUCCUCUCUACAGGGGGCCAGCUCCUCCAACAGAGAACCAGCAGCUGUCACAGCUCCUACGCCGUGCUCUGCAUCGAGAACAGCUACAUCGGACAGUUCAAGAGAUAGGACUGACCGACCAAACGCACACAUACACACUACAGCCAGAUCAAGAGAUAGGACUGACCGACCAAACGCACACAUACACACUACAGCCAGAUCAAGAGAUAGGACUGACCGACCAAACGCACACACACACUACAGCCAGAUCAAGAGAUAGGACUGACCGACCAAACGCACACACACACACUACAGCCAGAUCAAGAGAUAGGACUGACCGACCAAACGCACACACACACUACAGCCAGAUCAAGAGAUAGGACUGACCGACCAAACGC